GAAUGCGCCGCCGUGGGGUUCGCGCCGCCGCCGUCCGUGCGUUAAACCAUAGAGUUGCGUUUUUGCUCGAAAAUACGCUUACGCACACGCACACGCACACGCGCCGCCGCCGCCGCUUAUACAACCACCGUGCGCGCCGGCAGUGUUCGGUUGAAAACCGCCCUGUAGUCACACGCGUGGCGACCCGAGAGCGUACCGUCUCCUCCGAUGAUGAGCCGCGUAAAAGUCUCGUAAUCUGUUCGAAGAACCGAUAACGUCACAGAGUAUGAACUUUCCCGUUUGAAACAGGACAUAAUAUGGUGACUUAUGUUUAAUAUACGUGUAUGAUUUUGAAGAUUAAACGAAAAUAAAGCAAUUAUGGAGAAGAUGUACUUCAAUGAGUCGCAUUUACCAGACGAUGGGUUUUCGACCAUAGCUACAUCAUUGAUGGCCGUCCACGUGGUACUUGUGGCGAUAAUCGGCACCACUGCGAAUUUAUGCGUGUUUCUCGCUCUUUCCGUGGGCCACAAGGUGUCCAACAACCUUUUGCUGCUCAACUUGUGCGUCGCUGACAGUAUGGUGUGCAUAAUUAGCGGACCGUUAACAGUGCUGUCUUGGGAGUGGCCGAUGCUAUCGUCGUACACCAUCGUCAAUGCUGUACAGUACAUACCCGUGGCGGCCAGCACUCUGAGCCUGAUGACGCAGUCGAUCGACCGGUACGCGUCCAUCAAACACCCGCGGCACAACAGGUUGCACCGGGACAAGCACGUCGCGUGUCUGGUGUCCGGCGUGGCGGCCGCGUGGACGGUGGCCGUGGUCGUCUCGGUGCCGCGGUAUGCGUGGCCGGUCCGCCGGAUAAUCGUGGACAUGCAGUGGACGCGGUACUACGAGGCGUGCUACGUGGCCGUCGUGUUCGCCGUUCCGUGGGCCGCUGUAGCGUUCAGCCAGCGGGCUGUCAGCAGGACGCUGUACAUCACGUCACUUAAGGCGGCCGCGGCCCGCGGUCAAUUGCCGUUGCCCAUGCCCUUAAUGACGGCCGAAUCCAAGCAAGUGAUCCUGGUGGCAUCCAUACAGAAGAAUACAACCGUUCAAACCAAGGUGACAAAUGAUGUUGUGAUACAACAGCAACAGCCACAUUCGUCCCAUCAGCAAAGUCAACAAGAACAACAGCGGCAGCUACAAGCACAACAGCAACAGCAACAGAAGCAGCGUCCCACGCCGAGCGCACGAAGUCGACGACGAUUGGCCAAAGUGUUGGUAGCACUGGCCGGCGUAUUCGUCGCCUGUUGGUUACCAUACGCCGCCGCGUUACUCUACACCAAUUGGUUUUUUUCAUCGCCACAAGACGGCGAUGUUGACGAAAACGGUAACGAAGACGACGGCGGCGGCGGCGGCGGCAACAGGCACGCAGUCCACCGGUUGGCCACCGUGGCCGCUAUGCUUCUGGGCCACGCCCACUCAGCCGUCAACCCUGUGGUGUACUGGUGGCUGAACCGGCACACGUUACGCGCCUGUCCGUGGUGCUGGUCCUCGGGCGAUCAGUUUGACGACGAUGACGACGACGACGACGUCGGGUUCGGAUGUGGAGCGUUGGGUUGCGUCGUCGGCGGGGUCGUCGUGGCGUUCGGAUGCGGCAGGGGCGACGGAAGUUGCGGCGACAGCGGUGCCGUCGAUUGCGGUGGCGGCACCGGUUGCCGGCAGUCACAGAACCACACGCCUACACGGCUCAACCGGUUGCUGUUCCACCGACAGCCCAACAACCACCAGCGCAGCCGCCAACCCUCGUCCACCAACGAGGCAGCCCUGGGGCCCUUCAACCCACGGUUCGCCACGCCGAAAAAACGACCGCAACAGUUGCCUGUCGUCAAGAACCCUGUCAUGCUGUAUUACGCGUGAAUUACAGCUUGACCCCGCACCAGUCAAACCCAUCCCACAUCCACACCCUUAAUGUACAACACUAUCGAUCCACGUCUGCGAUAAGUUCUCCCUUGUCGUUUACACGUCAUUGUUACAUAUACCACCACUGACAUCCAUACCUGACGUUUUCUCCGCCCUCUUACAAUCGUUGUGUCGAAUUUGUAAGUCCAAAACACGCCCACACCCCGAUAACGAAGAGCGAGAUUUCUAAGCCUGGGUCCUGAAACGGAAAAAAGUAGUUUUUCAAUACAAACAAUUUGUUUUUACAAAUUCGAUUUGCAGUUGACAUCUCUAAGUCGUGUGGUGCUUGUUUGAUCUUGGACCUCAGACUUUUCCAUUACCUACUACCUGAGUAUAACGGUGCACCUGUACCUUCUACGACAACUUACAUCCUGUAAAUAUCGUGCGAUACACCUUCAAAUUUGGAGGGCGAUGCUGGAUAGGUCAGAAUGACAGAAUAUGUGUACGAACAAAUACAAAUUUAGAUUUGAUAUUUUGUACCAACUGUACAGUUGUGUACCUAUACCGUAAAAUAAUAUAUUAUACUCGUAUUGUAUUUUAUAUUAAACAAUGAGGCAAUACAACAUAUACAACUGGUAAAAGGAUCAAGGACUAAAUAUUGUGUAUAAUUUGGUAAUUUUUCGUUACAUCAUAACUUUUAGACAUAUCCACCAGUCACUACUGUGCCUCGUAUGCGUGGUACGUCGAGCAUGAUGAAGGCCAUCCUCUACAUGAUCACAUCCUUCGUAAGUAUUUUGAGAGAACUGAUUAGUACGAGUAUUCUAGAACGGCGCUUUUAUCGGGGUGUUUUUUUUUUAACUGCAUAUUUAGGUACGUCGCCAUUAACUUAAAAAUACGUUUCUAUUUUACUAUUAACUAUUUCUGUUGCAAAAGAAAAAAAUAAUUUGUAGUGUCACGAUUCGCUUCUCAGCCACUAGUUUAACGUAGUAGAUUAUUGUAUUAAUGUUAUUAUUCUAAUCCGUAUUCUGUUAUUAAAAAUACAAAUUUUAAAUGUGUUUUACUCGAUAAUUUCGAAAUUUAUUCAUUGUUUGUGUAUUUGUGUAAUCUAUUUUCGAACUAUAUAAUGUUUAUGCGUUAUGUGGUUUUUCGUUUUCCCGAGUGUAAAACACUCCGAUUAAUAUGUAUCUCUACGUCCAUUUUAAAUAUUUUUAUUGUGUAUUAAUUUAAAUGUAAUACAGAUCUAACAACGAUAUUAUAAUAUUAAUCGUAAGAUUUGUCGUGUGUCGACUUCAGUCGAUAUGCAAACGAACUUAUACUUUGCAUGAAGUUAUAAAGUAAGAAUUUAAAUAAAGUGUAGUUUAGGUAUAGUAUAUUAUAAUAUUAAUCAUUCCGUUAUCGACCAAACUGUUUUUUCCCCGUUCUACGAUAUUCUUCUCUCGGCCAAUGAUAGGUACUAAUAUUGUUAUUGUUUUGAUUUUCGAUGGAUUUACAUUAGAUACCUAAUAGGUAUAGAUAGUAUAGGUACGCUAAAUUCGUCGAACAAUCGAAUCGCUAAAGACCAAUACAUCGUAUUCACGAUUUUCGCCACGGUAAUUUUCUGCCGAAAUUUAUAAUGCGUUGAAAAAUAAGUCGUAAGAAUUCUUCCGGUUAUUCGACUUCCGAUAUUAUACAAGAUAUACGGCUGUCGACUGUUAAUAAAAUCGUUGUUUCUGAACGUGCUGCAGAACUACAUAACCAUUGCGAUCGACUUAAACGGAUAGCCAAGUCCAUUUGGUAGGUAUAUUAUAAUACUGUUGCGUGUAUAAAACAAACGUCAAUCUCAAUUUUUAAACAAACGUAUUCUGAGAAUGGGAAUAUGCUUCGUCGAUUUACCAACAUCCGUUUGCUUUACCUGCAUCCGCAACGACUUUAUCUGAGCAGUAAAAUAAUAUAUUAUACGAUGGAUAGCCGACAGAUAUAAAUAAAACAUUUCCGUUCGAGCUAUUCUUUUUGAACGGGUGAAAUAAAGGUGUAGACGUGCACGACGAAUAUAUUUUUAUUCGUAUCGAAAACACAAAAUCCGAGCCCGUUGUAUUGCAUAAUGCAAAUUGUAUUACAAACGGUGGAAGCCGUAGUAUUAAUUUGUUGGCCGAGGGAUCAAAUAAUCGUUCCUUCUCGUGUAUUUCAUAAUUAUUAUUAUCGUACUUAUAUAUAUAGGAAGUACCUAUAUGAGGCUUCCAAAUAUUGUACGAACACCGCCUAUACACACCUUCACUACACUACAGUCUACAGGGUCCAAUUAUUAUUAUUACUAUUAUUAUUACAUAAUAUAUUUUCACGUUACUAUUAUUUUAUUGUUCGAUACACUCGAAUAUUUCUGUGAUAUAAUAAAUUGUAUCAUUCGGUACUCGGUAGUACAACGUUUCGAACAAUCAUUCAUCGCACUGACAAAAACAAAAUAAUACAUUUCUAUAAAAAAAUUCUCGUUAUGGUUUUUUGGACGUUUAUUAAUACUAUCAUCCGUGACCUACGACCACGGGUGCCAUUGGUUUUUACCCGAAGUCUGUUAUUGUAGGUUCCCACUUUUUUACCGUGGCAUUAUAUUAUAACACGACGCAAUAAGACACCCAAUCGACAUUUCUACGUUAUAAUAUAUUUCACUCAUAAAUUAUAUAAUAUGCAUUGAUCACACUGUACAUUUUACAUAUUAUAUAUACGUAUCGUACUUGA